GCAGUUAUCAACCAAACAGUAAAAUGUCUGAACCUUCUAAUCCAAUAAUCAUCGUUGGUGGUGGUCUUGCUGGUCUUUCCGCUGCACAUCAAGCUUACCUUCGUGGUGCAAAUGUUGUCCUUCUUGACAAGCAGGGCUUUCUUAGUGGUAACAGUGGUAAAGCAACUUCAGGUAUUAAUGGUGCUCUUACACGUACCCAAGUCCAAUUAGGUAUUAAGGAUUCGGUUGAGCAGUUUUAUAAUGAUACCUUGAAGGCAGCCAAAGAUAGAGCAAAUCCUGAUUUGAUUCGGGUUUUAACUUAUGAUUCCGCGGAUGCCGUCCAUUGGCUUCAAGAUGUUUUCGAAUUGGACCUAAGUGUUGUUUCUAGGCUUGGUGGUGCUUCUCAACCAAGAACCCACCGUGGUCACGACUCGAAGUUCCCUGGUAUGGCUAUAACUUACAGACUUUUGGAAAGAUUGGAAAGUUUAAGUGAAACAGAGCCUGAUCGUGUUCAAAUCUUAAAACAUUGUCAGGUUAUAGACUUGUUAAUUGACGAUAAUGACAAAGGAAAAGUUGUUGGUGUUAAGUAUAAGAACCUUCAGGACAAAUCCAAGAAUGAAGUUCAUGGUCCUGUAAUCAUGCUGACUGGUGGCUAUGCUGCUGAUUUCACCAAGAACAGUUUGUUAAGAAAGUAUCGUCCCGAUAUCAUUGAUCUUCCUUCAACUAAUGGUAAUCAUGCUACGGGGGAUGGUCAAAAGAUAAUCAUGAAGAAUCAUGGUGUGGGUAUUGAUAUGGAUAAAGUCCAAGUCCAUCCUACUGGUCUUAUUGACUACCGUGAUACUGAUGUGGUUAUGGGCAAGAAAACUCCUAGAUUUUUAUUCCUUGGUGCUGAAGCUUUGCGUGGUGAAGGUGGGGUUUUAUUCAAUUCUAAAGGAGAAAGGUUUGUUGAUGAAUUAGGAACUAGAGACUGGGUUUCUGGAGAAAUGGAAAAGCAAUUCAAGCAGGGAAAUGGUCCUAUUAGGUUGGUGUUGAAUGAAGCGUCUGGUAAGAAUUUGGAAUUCCAUGUUAAGCACUAUUCCCUGAGAAAUUUGAUGAGAACUAUCACUGGUAAGGAAUUAGUGGCUGAAUUGGGUUGUACUGAAGAAUCAUUCAAACAGCAAUGUGACACUUAUAACAAAGCUUUGAGAGGUGAGAGUCCUGAUCCUUUUGGAAAGAAAUAUUUCCCAGAAACUCCAUUUGAAUAUGAUCCCAAUGCAAAAUAUCAUGUUGCUUUUGUUACUCGAGUGUUACACUUCACUAUGGGUGGGGUUAAAAUUAAUGACAAGGCUCAAGUGUUAACAGAAUCAGAUAAACCCUUUGAAGGAUUAUAUGCUGCUGGAGAAGUUGCAGGUGGUGUCCAUGGACACAACAGAUUAGGUGGAUCUUCCUUAUUGGCAUGUGUCGUUUAUGGUAGAUUGGCAGCUGACCAAGCUUGCAGUUACAGUUUGCGGAAGCUCAGUACUGGUGUUGUUUCUGGUUCCUCUACUAAUUCAAUUGGUGCCACUACAGCUAACAGUAGAUUGAAUAUGAUUGGUUUACAUAUUGAUCCUAACGGUAAGAUUGUUAUUGAAUUGUCUGCUAAUAAAACUGGUGUAACUUCCCAAGUAAACGAGGUAAGUCCAGGACAAGUCCAGCCAGCUGAACUUACACCAGCACCAGCAGCAACUAAACCCGCGUCUAAGCCAGAACCUAAAAAGCCGUUUUCAGUUCCAGAACGUGAAUUUACAGCUGAAGAAGUUGCUAAACACAACACUGCUGAUGACUGUUGGUGCAUUGUCAAGAAUGUCGUUCUCGAUUGUACCCCAUUCUUGAAAUAUCAUCCUGGUGGUGCUGAAUCAAUCCUUAACUUUGCUGGAAAAGAUGCUUCUGAAAGUUUUGCAAUGUUACAUGAAGACAAUGUCAUCCCAAAGUAUGUUGCAAGUCAUGUAUUGGGAAGAUUGAAAGGAGAAACCCCUUGUCUAAAUAUUUAGUGCAGUCAAUUACAUGCAAUUCUCCGUGGAAUAUUGCAGCCAUGUAAACGUAAAAUUUCUGUGUAAAUUGAAUAAAUAACUAUAAAUGAUCAAUA